GCGAGUCAUCAGCGCGAGACGUGACGUUUGUAGCACGCGCCUAUUAUCCGUGUCAAAUUAAAAGUCCUGUCAGAGGACUACAACCCGGGAUGUUUCAUGUCUGCACACUCACUAUCAGCUGAUGCAGCCAGGUGUGAACCUGCGGGCGGAUGGAUGAGCGGCUGAAGUCGGAUGGAUGCUGGAUGCUUUCUAGUCUAGUUGGGGUUUCGCCUUGGUUGGCCUCGUAUCACGCCGCCGAGCUUCUUCACCCGCCUGUCUCCCCCCAUCGCGGUCGGUCUCCUUCGGCUUCCUGUGUGCGGAUGAAUGCCAAAGCCUGUCAUUUCACCACCGCCAAAAGGACUCCAUGUCUUUCUUGGACUGUUCCUGCAUCUCCCACGCUCAGGUCCAGCCCUUGGACAUAGAGGAGCGCUAUGAGGACACCAGCCACCAGUUCCUGAGCUGUGACGGGUCUGAAUACACUCUGCAAGGGCCAGCAGGUGGCGAUGACAUCACUGGGCUGUCGCCUGAGCCUGCCCACUACCAGCUACUGUCUGAGCUGGGGAGGGGCUUCAAUAACCUGAGCCAGGUGAACAUGGCACGGCACACCCCCACCGGCCAGCUGGUGGCCGUGAAACAAACCAACCUGGACGAGUGCACCGAGGAGGAGCUGCUGCAGCUCAUGAACGAGGUUCUGCUGUCCAGGCUGUUCCGUCACUCCAACCUGCUGACCUCCCGCCUGGUUUUCAGCUCCUGCUGCCAGUUAUGGGUCCUCACACCACUCAUGGCUUAUGGCUCUGCUGACACCUUACUAAGAACAUAUUUCCCAGAUGGAAUGAGUGAAUCCCUGAUAGCGUACCUUCUGUACGGCGUGCUGAAAGCAUUGGAAUACCUGCACAGGAUGGGCUACGUUCACCGGGGGGUGAAGGCCAGUCAUAUCCUGCUGUCAGGGGAGGGGCGUGUCUACCUCUCGGGGCUCCACAGUGUUUACAGUAUGAUGCGUGAGGGGAAGAGGAUGAGGGCGGUGUUCGAUAUGCCCCACCACAGCCCCGCCCUGUUGCCCUGGCUCAGCCCUGAACUACUGCGACAGGACCUGCACGGUUACGGAGUGAAGUCAGAUAUCUACAGUUUAGGUAUCGUGGCCUGUGAGCUGGUCAGUGGCAGGGUGCCUUUCCAAGACAUGGCCCCCACUCAGAUGCUGCUUCAGAAGCUGCGCGGCUCCCACUGCUGCCUGCUGGACGUCGCUCCCUUCCCGCUGGGGGAGCUGGGCGGGCUGAAGGUGUCGCGGUCAGGAGUGGAUUCAGGCAUUGGGGAGAGCGUGGCCACUGGAAGCCUGACGCACAGCGCCACCGCUCCACCUACCGACCGACCUCAGAGCCCUGGACCUAAAAACCACUCGGUCACCCUGCACAACCUGGUUCAGCUGUGUCUGCAGCAGCAGCCUGAGCGCAGACCGUCAGCAUCUGCACUGUUGACCCACGCCUUCUUCAAGCAGGUGAAGAGGCACACCAGAGACUCCUUCCUUAGCCUCAUGUACCCAGCAGUGCCCCUCACCAGUCCCGAGGACCCUCCGGUCUCCUGCCCACCCGCCCCGUCCUGCCAUGCUCCGAAGUCAACCUCCCCCGACACGACUGAGGCUGUGUGGGACUUCUCGUAACCCCGAUUCUCUGCCCUCCAAAUCCUAACUAGCAAACCAAACACGAGACAAUCAAAGCAAAGCAUUGAGGCCAAAUUCUACUGUGCUUUUAUUUUUUACCAUUAACCUGACUGAGCUUUUUUUUAAAGUAGUGCGUAGUUGUUGUUUUUUUAUAUGUUUGUCCGAUGCAUAUGUGGAGUUUGGGUCAUUGGGUUGGUUACACAACUGUGAAAGUGCUGGAUCAAAGAAGCUGCUCUGAUCAUAUACUAAGGAUCCAUAAUUCUAAUAAUGGACUGUCAAGACGUCACAGAACAAAGAGACUCAUCAUGCACUUCUUCUAAGGUAAAAGGCAACUAUGAAUUAAAGGAAAAGUCCACCCAGAAAAACCAUAUCGUUAAAGCAGCUAUUUGACCUAAACAGUGUCUGGGAACAUUGUGUUAGUUUCAUGGUAUUUACAUAGAUAAUAGUCAUUUUUGAGUGACUAUUUUCCCAAAAAUGAAGGACCUCUUUAAAAGAAACCUGACAUAAAUAAGUGAAUACACUAAAAAAAUUCAAUCUUAACAGGUACUGACAAAACGACUCCUGAAGUCUCAGACACCAUGAGGGUGGAUUUUUCCUUUUUAAAGUGUUAUUUUGUAUUCAGACUGUGAAUAGUGAAUACUGAGGUACAUAAAAAAAGAUAUUUACAAUAGCUAUGUGCAUAUAUAUUCAUCUAUAUCAAUUUCAAUCCAAGUGUUGAAUGGGUGGGGGGCAUAGAGGGAGAAACAUGAGCCGAUGAACAGAUUCAGGGUGACUUACGCUUACUAGGAAGACGGAUGAUCUACGAUGUACGUUGUGAAUAAACGUCAACAAAAUCAGGAACAGCUAACAUUUGGAAUAUUUUUACUGCCAUAAUAUAUAAACACAAAUAAUCUGGGUUUAUAUUAAAGCAGCUAACUAAGUAGCUGACUCCAUGGCAGCAUUACACUUAUUUACGCCCAAAGCCCCCAAUUAUGGGAACAAUAGUUCCAAAACUUAGAGCAUGACUAUGCCCGAAAUUGUUGAUGUGUCCAUCUUCAUCAUUCGGUAGUCUACACACUCUCCUGAGACAUAGACUUGACCUUUACUGGCCACAGUCAAAUAUGUAAAUAUGUUUUUGCCGUGUGUUUGAACAUAUACGCACAUAGUGUUUAUGUGUAGUCAUUUUAAAACAUGUUAUCCUGUAUUUGCCUAUGAGCCAAUAAGAGAAGCUGCAAACCUGGCUCUGAAAAAAAAAGAGCACAGGAGCAAUAGAGUAGAUCUAAUGUUAGAGACCAUCAGUAGACACAGUAGAUAAAAACCUUUCCCUGCCCUGGUCAUCAGUGAUACGCCAAAAUAAUAUUUAUACUGUUUUCUGUGACCACUUAUCCGAUAAUGCCUUUUUGUUUGAAUGAAACCUGCAUUCUGAAUAUGGUGAUCUAUCUGUAACUGUGAUUAAGUGUACUAUGUAUAAGAACUGUGAUCCACAGUACAUAUCAAACAUGGUAGCUGUAUGAGCCUUACACACACAUCUAUGAUAAAUAUGUAUAUACAACAUUUGAUUUCUAAACUUCUUGUUAGUCCUGAUUGAUUUCUUUACAGAUUUGUGUUGAUAGAAAAGUGUGUGUGUGUGUGUGUGUGUGUUUGUUUUAAAGCUGUUUUUUGACACAAUUAUUGGUGCAAUCUGUGCAAACAACUUUUAUACCAUGAUAAACUUUAAGGCAUGAGUAUCUUUCAUUUCCCUUGAACCGGUAAGACCAGUAGUGGCAGGAAUGUGCCAUAAUGUUAUCUUCUAAAUGCCAACCCUUAUUGUGACUGUUCAGAAAAUUCACCAUUACAUAUA